AUGAAAUCAGACUUUAAAGUGAAAGAUGGUACAAAACUUUUAAGUCCUGUUGGUAACAGAGUCUCUGUCUUUGAUUUGAUCAAUAACAAAUCAUACACUUUACCAUAUGAACACAGAAAGAAUAUUGCACGUAUUGCUUUGAAUAAGCAAGAAACUCUUUUAUUAUCAGUUGAUGUUGAUGGUAGAGCUAUAUUAGUUAAUUUCAAUGCUCGUACUGUUUUACAUCAUUUCAAUUUUAAAGAUAAAGUUCAAGAUUUGAAAUUCACACCAGACUCCCGUUAUUUUGCCAUUGCUUGUGGUAGAUUUAUUCAAGUAUGGAAAACUCCAGAUUAUACAGAAGAUAGACAAUUUGCACCAUUUGUUCGUCAUAGAGUCUAUGCAGGUCAUUUUGCAGAUGUUACAUCAAUCACUUGGUCUUCUGAUUCAAGAUUUUUUGUUUCCACUUCCAAAGAUUUAACAUCAAGAAUUUUCUCAUUAGAUUCUGAUGAAAGUUCUGUUGCAAUGACAUUUGCAGGUCAUAGAGAUACAGUUAUCAAUGCAUUUUUUUCAAAAGAUCAAGAAAUCAUUUAUACAAUCAGUAAAGAUGGUGCUUUAUUCCAAUGGGAAUAUACCAAAAAGCCAAGUGAUGAUUCAGAUGAAGAAGAACCAGACUCAGACGAAGAAGUGGAUCCAUCAUUAAUGAGUUGGAGAAUCACCAAAAAGAAUUUCUUUUUUUCAGAUGCUAAAGUAAAAUGUGCAGCUUUCCAUCCAUCAAGUAACCUUCUGGUUGUUGGUUUCACUAAUGGUGAAUUCCGUCUUUAUGAACUUCCAGAGUUCAAUAUGAUUCAACAACUAAGUAUGGGUCAAAAUGAAGUUAAUACAGUUAAUAUAAACAAAUCAGGUGAAUGGUUAUCAUUUGGUUCUGCAAAAUUAGGUCAAUUAUUAGUUUAUGAAUGGCAAUCAGAAUCUUACAUCUUGAAACAACAAGGUCAUUUUGAUUCAACAAAUGCUUUAGCAUAUUCACCAGAUGGUUCAAGAGUCGUUACAGCUUCAGAUGAUGGUAAAAUCAAAAUUUGGGAUGUUGUUUCAGGUUUCUGUUUGAAUACAUUUGAAGAACAUACAUCAGCAGUUACAGCUGUUAGAUUUGCUAAAAAGGGUCAAGUUAUGUUUUCAGCUUCAAUGGAUGGUACUGUUAAGGCAUGGGAUCUUAUAAGGUAUCGUAAUUUUAGAACGUUCACAGCUACAGAAAGGAUCAAGUUUAGUGCAUUAGCUGUUGAUCCAAGUGGUGAAGUGAUAUGUGCAGCUUCACAAGAUACUUUUGAUAUUUAUGUUUGGUCUGUUCAAACAGCACAAUUAGUUGAUACUUUAGCUGGUCAUGAAGGUCCAGUUUCUUGUUUAGCUUUUGGUGUGGAGAAUAGUGUAUUAGCGAGUGCAAGUUGGGAUAAAACUGUUAGAGUAUGGAGUUUAUUUGGUCGUUCACAACAAGUUGAACCAUUUGAAAUUUAUUCUGAUGUUUUGGCUAUUGCUAUGAGACCUGAUUCUAAAGAAAUUGCAGUUAGUACAUUGAAUGGUCAAGUUCAAUUUUGGGAUGUUGAAAAUGCUAAACAAACUGGUAAUAUUGAUGGUCGUAAAGAUAUAAUCAGUGGGAGAUAUUUAGAAGAUAGAUUCACUGCACAUAAUUCAUCAAGAUCUAAGGCUUUUACUGCUAUUGAUUAUAGUUUUGACGGGUUAGCAUUAGUCGCUGGUGGUAAUAAUAAUUCUAUUUGUUUAUAUGAUAUUCCAAAUGAAGUUCUAUUGAGAAGAUUUACUGUUUCUUUAAAUAUGGAUUUGAAUGGUACACAACAAUUUUUGAAUAGUUCAAGAUUAACAGAUGCUGGAUCUUUGGAUCUUUUAGAUAGAGAUGGUGAAAAUUCAGAUUUAGAAGACCGUUUAGAUGAUUCAUUACCGGGUUCUAAACGUGGUGAUCCAUCAUUACGUAAAACAAGACCAGAAAUUAGAGUUACAAGUAUUCAAUUUUCACCAACUGCUGCUUCAUUUGCUGCUUCUUCCACUGAAGGUAUUUUAAUUUUCUCAGUUGAUGAUAGUGUUAUCUUCGAUCCAUUUGAUUUGGAUAUUGAUAUUACACCAGAAGCUACAUUAGAAACAUUGAAAGAAAAAAACUACUUAAAUGCAUUAGCUAUGGCUUUCAGAUUAAAUGAAAGAUAUUUAAUACAUCAAGUUUAUGAAAGCGUCCCAGCUGUUGAUAUUAAAUUAUUAGCUAAUGACCUCCCUAUAGUUUAUGUUGAAAGAUUAUUAUCAUUUAUUUCAUCAAUUGCAAUGACUUCACCACAUGUUGAAUUCAAUUUAUUAUGGUUGAAAUCAAUCAUCACAGCUCAUGGGAAAUAUAUCAAUACUCAUAAACAUGAAUUUGCUUCAGCUUUAAGAGGUGCUCAACGUUUCAUUGCUAGAGUUGCUAAACAUGUUGUUAAGACUUCUAAAAAUAAUGAAUACUCAUAUUUAUUCUUAUCAUCUACUGAAAAAGAUCAAGAAUUGGAUAUUGAAGAUGAAGAUGAAGAUAACAUCAUAGUUGAUGCAUCAAGUGAUAUUGAAGAAUCAGAUGAAAAUGGGGAUAGUGAUGAAGAUUUAGAAGAUGCUGAAGAUGAUGAUGAAGAGGAAAAUGGUGGUUGGUUUGAUAAGAAAACUUUAGCAAACAGUUUAGGAAAUGAGGAUGAAGAUUCUGAUGAAGAAGAUUCAGAAUAA